AUGAUAACUCAAAACCUCCUCUUCCUCAUCUACUCAUCCCUCUUGAUUCUCUCAGGCUCAGCUCACUCCUUUCAAACUAAAUGUCCCCCUUCUUCAUGUGGCCUCGUUCGCAAUAUUAGCUACCCUUUCCGUCUCAGCACCUGUCGCGGCCCUGGUUACGAGUUAGUAUGCGAAAACAACGUCACCCUACUUUAUCGCAAAUCCCGGAAAUAUUAUGUCAAAGAAAUCGAUUACCAGUACCAUAACAUCAGGCUCUCUGCUAUUUCCACAAACGACAACAUCUGUUCUCUUCCUUCCUAUCCUCUAGAUGAGGAUAUCUUUUUUUCUAUUAUGUUCCCUGAUUUUGAACAUCUUAUUUAUUUGGUGAGGUGCGAGCAUCCGUUGCAUAACUCUUCCCUCUUUACCCAACUUACUGAUUGUGAGCAAUCUACCAAAUACACAUACAUAAAGCUUGGGAACUUGACUCCCAACGAUAUUGACAACAUGUGCACAAUAGUUUCUAUACUGACAACAUCUGGGUGUUUACAAUAUUUGAAUAAUGUAUCGCUCGACCCAAUAUCUAGGUGUUCUCAAAUUUUGAAUAAUGCAUCGCUCUCAGAAAUAUAUCAGUCUCUGCUAUAUGGAUUUGAUAUGUCUUGGUGGAGUUUUAUGUGUAGCUACUGCAAAGGAGGAACAUGGGGUUGUUCUCCAAUUUCAGAUGGCCUAGUUGAUUGCGGCCAUCCACUGUCGCAACAAUAUUAUAAAUGGGUGUACAUCUUGGACUCCUUCCGAUCACCUAAAGGUCCAACUGGAGGCUGUCUCCUGAUUUUAAUGCUCAUACUUGCUGUUGUAUUUGGUGGGUUAAUUAUUCCUCUAAAAAUCAUGGUCAUCAUCGCACUUGGGGCCUAUUUUUGGACUCAAACAACACCAUUUUUGCUCCCCGGAGCUCAAUCCAUCGAUGAGCUCCCAAGAAUGGUACAUCUUGAGAAACCAUAUUCUCUUUCUGAAGUGACUGUUGUUAGCAUGGAAGUAAGAUUCAUCAUGGGGUUUCUCGGCGGGAUGUGGUUCCUGAUCUACAAAUUCCGAAGAAGGCAUUUGUCCGCGUACGAGGAAAUAGAGAGCUUCCUACAAAAUGACAACCAUCUAUCCCCUAUCAGGUACUCCUACUCAGAAAUAAAGAAGAUGACUAGAAAUUUCCGAGAAAAACUAGGUGAAGGUGGCUUCGGCUCUGUUUACAAAGGAAAGCUUCGGAGUGGCCAUUACGUGGCAGUCAAGCUAUUGGGAAAAGCCAAAAUAAAAGACAAAGAUUUCAUCAAUGAAAUCGGAACAAUUGGGAGGAUCCAUCAUGUCAACGUUGUCCAACUUGUUGGGUAUUGUGCAGAGAGAUCCAAGCGCGUCCUCAUUCUCGAUUUCAUGCCAAAUGGUUCUCUUGACAAGUACAUACUCAACCCAGAAAAAGCAUCUUCAUUGGAUUGGGAUAUGAAAUUCAAGAUUGCGGUUGGAGUGGCUCGAGGGAUUCAAUAUUUGCAUAGUGGUUGCGAUAUCAAGAUCUUGCAUUUUGAUAUCAAGCCUCACAAUAUACUUCUUGAUGACAAGUUUGUCCCCAAGGUCUCCGAUUUCGGGCUAGCAAAGUUAUGCUCGGUAGAAAAGGACACAGUGACGAUCACUGCUGCUAGAGGCACCAUAGGCUAUGUUACUCCGGAACUCAUCAACAGAAGCAUUGGCCUAGUGUCUCACAAGGCCGAUGUAUAUAGUUUUGGGAUGUUGUUGAUGGAGAUGGCGGGCGUAAACAGAGAGUUGAGGGAAAACAAAGAUGAUUCAACCAAGUAUUUCCCAGAUUGGAUAUAUGAUUGUAUUAACAAAGGUAAGGGUAUUGUAAUUGGAGAAGCAGAGAACACCAAUAUUGAUAAUUACAAUGUGAUUGGGAAGAGUGUACUUGAGAAGAUGACAAUAGUUGGUCUAUGGUGCAUACAAAUGAAUCCAGAUAAUCGUCCAUCAAUGAACACAGUGUUGGAGAUGUUGGAAGGUUACGUAGAAGAUUUGAAGAUUCCAGAGCAUCCAUCUCACUUAGUAAACGAGGACAAGAGUCGGGCUGCAGAUUCAACUGGUUCUGCAUCACAGAUGGAUUAUGACAACGGUAGUGUCAUUGAGAUUAGUAUAGCUUGAAUCUAUAUUAUUCGAUGUUGAGAUUAGUAUAGCUUGUCAUGUUUAGUCCUCCAUCAAUCUCUUGCUUGUAUCAAAUUUGUUGUCCAAAUUUCCUUUUCAUUUUUA